AUGACGGGGGAAAUCAUCACCAUACAGGUGGGGCAAUGUGGAAACCAAAUAGGGAAGCAUUUCUGGUCUCAACUGGCUAAAGAGCACGGAAUCGAUAGAGAUGGCCAGGGCACUGUCGGUGAUAGUCCAAGCCGGAUUAGAGAUGAUGAUACCAAUCCUUUCUUCAAAAUGAAUGAUAGCAAUAGGUAUACACCAAGAGCUCUCAUGCUUGAUUUAGAGCCCAGUGCCAUACAAGAUGUCCAGAAUCAUUUUCCCGGAAUGUUUGACUCUAGAGCAUCGUGGAUUUCACCAGAGGAGUUAGGCGCUGGUAAUUCAUGGUCCAAAGGUUACGAUUAUGGCCUUGCAAAUCAAGACAAUUUUUUAAAUAUGAUCGAUAAAGAGAUAGAUUCAACGGACAAUUUCGAAGGAUUUCAAUUGAUUCACUCCGUAGCGGGAGGUACAGGAUCUGGUCUUGGAUCAAGCCUCUUGGAGGCCAUAUCCGAUAGAUAUCCGAAGAAAUUUUUAACCACCUAUUCUGUUUUCCCCAGUAGUGAAUCGGAAGUUGUUAUUCAACCAUACAACACGAUUCUAACUUUAAGGAGGUUAUCGGAAAAUAGCGAUGCUUCCGUUGUAUUCGAUAACAACGCUUUACUGAAUCUGACGAGCAGGGUUUUCAGAGACCCGUACACUAGCUACUUGCACACAAAUCAAUUAAUUUCUGCUGCAAUGUCUUCCAUAACAAAUUCAAUUCGUUUUCCGAGUUACAUGUACAAUUCGCUACCCAGUAUAUUUUCCACUAUGAUUCCAACACCAGACCUGCAUUUCUUGAUACCAGGUUUCACCCCGUUUACUUCCGAUUAUGUUACUGGUGGCAAAGACCACAAAAACAACACACCAUACGAUAUUUUGCUUGACUUAUUUGACGGCUCUAACUCAAUGGUUUCUCAUAACACGGAAAGCCCGACGUAUUUCAGUGUGUAUUGUUCGCUUAUUGGAAUGCUUGAACAAAAUGACAUUCUAAGAGCAAUAACAAAAGCUCAGCAGCGUCUCAAUUUCGCCCCUUGGUCAUAUUCUUCGGUCCACGUUAACGUUGGGAGCCGAUCGCCAUACUUAGCGUCCCAAUCUGGCCAAAACCAGACAAGUGGUCUCAUACUUUCGAACACAUCGUCGGUAAUAUCUUUAUUUGAUGUAUCAUGCAAAACAUUUGAUAAAAUAUUUUCUAAGGGUGCUUUCUUGAAUACUUUUAAGGAUGGUAAGAUGUUUCAAAAUGGUUGGGAUGAGUUUGCAGAAUCACGACAGGUUGUUCAAAAUUUAGUUGAAGAAUACCUUGCCGCAGAGCAAGAAACAUAUUUGGAUGAUGUUCUUCUAGAUGAGGAAAAUAUUGUUGGUCAUCAUGAUGUAGAUAUGGAUACAGAAGCCGAUGACAACAUUAUUUAA